CGCGAUCGUGCUGCCACGCGGCGGCCACCCGGCCAGACACUGCCUGCCACUUGUUGCUCGUCCGCGUGCUUCGAUGACACCUGCCGCGCGUCUAUUGUUCUCGCUGUCUGCCGCCACGAAACGCGAACUUCUUACCUUGUCGGCCGCUCAGGUGUGUUGUCGAGUGACUUGUCACUUGCUUGUGUCCGGCUCUUUCUGUGAUAACCUCGCGUAGUGACGCUCGCAACUGUGCCUCGUUACGGAAGAAUAGUACUACCUUAGUAGUGUUUUUUGAGCGUGUGACGAUUCUCAACAGUGGGUGUGUGUCGUAGAGUUAUUGACGAACCUGUGAGCAGACAGAGCUGUCAGAAACGAGUGACGUUGCACUGCUACAGCGGAGACAGUUUUACCUUCUAUUGUCUUCGCAAAAGUGCUGCUGGAACGAAGAAUCGAAGGCAUUCGUGUCUCUGCCCGUCCUCUCGUGACAGGCUCCUGGACGGACGAUUAAAUAACGAACACGCUUUACUAGGUGACGUGUCGUUCGUAAAGAGAGGUAGUAAAACGUUUUAUAUCUAGUGUGGAAUGCGUGAAUGGACAUUCAACAGUGUUUCAUAGCCUGUAGGUAUCAUUAAUUACGAAGCAAGUCCGGCUUACAUAUUAAUGCGGAGAUCGCCCCCUCCCUUCCCAGGGCUGUUACCGUCUUUCAGCAAACUGGUUGGCGGACCACCGCAGCAGCUUACCGUGUGCUCUCCUCCGAACAGCGGCUCAAGCGCGCCUGAUAACUGGCUUCCUCUCUUUCCUCGCCCGCGGCGGUCGGACGGGCGCUACUGGACUCCAGUUAACCACCACACUUGACCCAUGUAAUUGGUCAGUGGAGCGGCGUUUAAAAACUACGAGGGAGCCCGAAGGCAGCACUUGCUCGCACCGUUGCGUGUAACAAGCUUGCCUCUUACUCGGGCAGAUAUCAUCAUCGGCUGAACGCGAUCGGCUGUUUACAGUGAUGGAGGCACAUCGCUGAGCUCAUCUCCCGUCUAUGGAAGGGAUAGUGGAGAUGUGAAAUUGUGCUGUUCAACAGUACACUGAGACAGCAAUUGAAUUCGGAGGUAUUUUUCGAAGCGGUAGUUAGUGCUUGUGCUGUAACAUUUGAACAUUUGUGUUUCUUUUCCGCCACCCUACUGGUAAAAUCUCUCGUAGUACAGCGUGUGACAUGAUAUUCAGUGUUGAAGUUCGUAGCGAAACUACGCAACAAAUUUCGUUCGACGUUUCGUAGCUUUCUUUCUCCUCCUUUUGUCUUCUGUCAGAUGGUGUGAAGUGAAUCUGUCAAUGUCGAGUGACGUUAUGUUGCCAGCGCCGUCGGUGGAUUACCGCUCUGUGUGUGAAAGUGCGCUCAGGUGACGCUGAACCACUCACAGGGAACACUUCUAUCCUCGAGGACCAUGCCGGAAGCGACGCCGUCUGUGUUUCCUUUCGUGCAGGUAAGCCACAAUGGAUGAUGAUGAACGUCACCUCCAAGCAUGUAAACAGUUGCAACCACACGGUUGGAGCUCGUGGUAUGAUCAGUUCGAGUUUCAUAAUCAAAAAACCUGAAAUCGUGCUUUACAGCUACAUAAGUACAUGGGUUCAUUUCCCGUGUCGGGACAGGACCACGCCAGCCGUGCCGAGUAUAUGAGAUCGCAGUUACUGCGUAUGAGGGGCACGGCGCGCACCAAACCAGUGCUUCUCGUCAUCUCGCUGGCAGGCAUCAAGGUCUGCACUCCCGACGGAAAGACGGUGCUGAUGGCGCACGCGCUGCGGCGUGUGUCGUACGCUACGUGCGACCCUUCGCACUCGCAGUUCAGCUUCCUGGCCAGGGAGCCGCGCGGUCACUGCAGCCUUCAGUGCUGCCACUCCUUCCUCGCCAAGUCGCCGCAGCAGGCGGAGGAACUGCACGCAGCCGUGGGCGACGCCUUUCGGGCAGCGUACGCGGCGCAGCUGCAGCGUGACGUCAGCUCGGCCCAGCAACAGAAGUCGGGUGACGAGCUGGAGAUGCGCCCUCUAGGCGGCGGCCGAUCGAUGGCGGCACUGACGGACGACUCGCCCAGCAGCGACGAGAGCAACUCGCCCACCGACCUCAACUCGUACCGCCGCCUCGGCGACAAGCCGGCACUCGUCAAGCGGCUGGGCCUGCAGGGGGGCGGUGGGGGCGGCGGGGGCGGCGGCGGCCACUCCGAGGACAGCCGGCCGCUGCUGGCCGCCGACCCGCCGCACGCACGGACGCCGCCGCCUACGCCAGAGAAGCGCGCGCCGGUGGCGACGCCGCGCCAUGCCCCCCAGCUGAGCGGCGGCAGCAGCAGCUCCGACGGCUGGGCGUCGCCGCCGCCGCCGCUGCCGGAGCGACAGGACAGCCUCGCCAGGAGGCCGGAGGCCGAGCAGCUACUCUCUGCGCCCUGGUUCCAGGCCGGCAUCCCCAGGGAGAUCGCGCUGGAGGUGCUGGGCCGUGAACCGGAGGGCGCGUUCAUGGUGCGCGAGAGCACCAGCAAGCCCGGCUGCUACGCGCUGUCGCUGCGCGUCCCCAGGGACUUCCAGCCGUCCGGCAUCGCGCACUACCUCAUCCUGCGCACCGCCAAGGGGUACAAGAUCAAGGGCUUCACGAAGGAGUUUUCGAGCCUGACCGCGCUGAUCACGCACCACUCUGUGAUGCCGGAGCUCCUGCCCGUUCCGCUGUCCCUCAGCCGCUACAACCCCAGCUUCGCCAAGUCCGACUCCAACAAGGACAGCGCAGACACAGACUCCGACCCAGACUACAACACGCUGUCCGACUUCCGCAAGAUGAUGGCCGACCUCUCCCUGUAGACCCUUCUCCGUCGAUACAGGACACAAUAUACAACUAGUUCACAGCGCUACAUGUAGCUGAUACGAAUACCUUCGUGAUUUAACAACAGAGUCAGUGUUAUCUCCUGUGGCUGACUAUCCAUGUCUUUGCACGCGUCAGUUAACUACCGCCUUUCGUAAAAGAGUGUUACUACAUUUUCACUGCUGGUGGACGCGAGAAAUGAGGGUGGAAAUACAGACUACACAGGGGUAGUUUCACCAGAGAUGAAACCAAGUGAUUAUGACAAGUUAGAGGAGUCCAUUGUACAGUUUCAGCAUCAAUCUCAGUAAUUAUGACUCGAUACCUCAUUAAAUUUCUUGGUUUCAAAGCCAUUUUUGUUGUCUCUUAUAUGUACUCAACUUAUUUUAUGUAUUUUUUGCUUCAACUUCAAAUUCAGAUUAUUUUAGUCAGAUUUACUCAUUUUUCCAUAAAUCUGUAAGGAUAUCCUUGAUAAUCGAGCUAUACUACUUGCCCGUACCAUGAAACUCUGUAUUCACAGCCAUUUCAGAAAUUUAUAUAUCCUCCUUGGCAAAAAUUUCUUCCGUUAUGGUUUUCAGCUUUCACAAAGAUUACCAUAGGGAGUACAAGCUGACGCUCUACACGCAUGCCUGCAUCCGACAAAUGAUGAAAAAUCUUUUUCAUUUAAUCAGGAGAGAAGCUUGCAAGUCAUGGUUUCAAAACGAAAAGUAAUUUAAAUAAUUCCACGCUUCGUUUCCCAUGUAGAUUAGGGCAAUUUGAUGUUUCAUUAAUUACUAUAGAGCUCACUGGUAUCCUGCACUUGAUGCGAAGAAAUUUACAUAUUUAUGAUGAAAGAUCUUCACGUAUUUUGAGUUAUUAGCUACUGUCCUCACCCUUAAAGGCUCCUAUUACUCAAGAAUUUCAUAAAACUUGAACCACAUAUAGUGACUUUAGCACACAGGUAUGCCAGCUACUCCUACACAUACACAUCAUAUCGACCAGUAACUGGAGACGUCAUUGUGAGGUCUUCCUCAUUUUACGUUUUGUAAGUGUCCUACAUUACGUUUUAUGGUGUUACAUUUUCGAUUCGUAAUAACGAACAUAUUCACUAAUUAAACGUACGUAAUAGACUCAAAAGUCAUUUAUAUAAAUAAAACAUAAAACACUGCGUAUAAAAGCGACUUAAAUGAGAAUUGCACUUAAUAGCAAUGGAAAACAUGAUUCUUUGUAUUACAAGGAUACUGUACGUUUCUGUUGUUUACUGUAGCUGUGAACAUCCAUGUAUCCUUAAAAUUAAAAAAAUACACUUGACAUGCUUUGAGUAGCUUUCACUCACACCAUUAUGUUUUCAAGCACCAUCGCAGCUGUAGUCCAUUUCCAUGUGUGAAUUAGUUCAGUAACCCUAAAGAAGAAACAUAUCGCACUUACGAUAUAUCUGGAAAUAUAUUUUUGUAGGAAUGAAAAUACUUCAGACAUGGCGAUAAAAGAAUGCGCAUUAUGCAUUGCAUCCGCAAUUUAGUAACACGAAUCUGUAAUCUGUAGUGGUGAUUUUCUGUUUAAGGUUCAGCGUUCCUUCUGCAUUUAUAGAGAGACGAAUUUAGUGGACGAAGUAUAACAAUAGUUUUAUUUAGAAAUCUAUACGUGGGCAUUUUGUAGGAUAUAUUCACCUUUUUUAUCAAACGUUGGGAUAUAUUGGAAACAAGCUGGAGAAACCCGACAUCAAAUGUUAACUACCACAUACAUUAUAUUUACAGAAAUUGUUGACAUAUGUGAUUUCAAUAAGAUCUGUCUCUAAAAAGUGUAAGAAUAGUAUGUAAAUGGUUCUUAAAGUGGCACGACAAUAGUAUCUAUCCAAGUAAUGAAUCUAUGUCCUUAGCUUAAGGAAGAUGUUUUGCUUUGUAACCAAAGUGCCAAAAACGAGAGUGAACUGCUUAGCAGAUGAGUCGUUGCUGUGUUAAAAGUAUAUUAAGUAAUGAUGUCUGUGCAUAGCUCUAGUCAGGCUCUAAAAUGAUGUGUUACUUAAAAGUAUAUAAAGUUUAUUUACGUGUUUAUACUCAGCAAAUGCAAUUGAAUAAUAUAUUCUUGAGAUGGUUCUAGUCAAGAACUGUUGCACUGAUGGCUUGUUAAUGGUAAGAAUAAAGAUUGAC